AUGAACGUGCAGGCAUUGCAUUCUUGUGUACAUGGCCAAUUCGAAGCUUCUUCCUUUAGUCCAUUUCGGUUCUUUUCUUUUUCUUCCCCCUCAGUCGGACUGUCCAGGAGACUCUCCAUUGUAGCUUUUAGAAGAAAGUCUUCUGUUGGUCGUUUAUAUGGUAGUAACUUAAGCUGUGGAAUUCGUGUUCCUCGUGGUAGAAUCAGAAGUGCCUUGACAGGGGAAGUGAACGGCGUAGAGGAUCAGAAGCAGCAAGAGGUGAGGAGAGCCUACCCGUUCCAUGAAAUUGAGCCCAAAUGGCAGCGAUAUUGGGAGGAAAAUCGAACUUUCCGAACUCCUGAUGAAAUUGAUACUUCUAAGCCUAAGUUCUACGUGCUCGAUAUGUUCCCUUAUCCCAGUGGAUCAGGGUUACAUGUUGGUCAUCCUCUAGGUUAUACUGCUACAGAUAUUCUUGCAAGAUUCAAACGCAUGCAAGGUUACAAUGUUUUGCACCCAAUGGGCUGGGAUGCAUUUGGAUUGCCUGCGGAACAAUAUGCUAUUGAGACUGGAACUCACCCCAAAAUCACUACUUUGAGGAAUAUUAAUCGCUUCCGCUCUCAGCUUAAAUCAUUGGGGUUUUCCUAUGACUGGGAUCGUGAAAUUUCCACAAUUGAACCAGAAUAUUAUAAAUGGACUCAGUGGAUUUUUCUUCAACUGUUGAAGAGAGGAUUAGCAUACCAGGCUGAAGUACCAGUUAACUGGUGCCCUGCUCUUGGCACGGUCUUGGCCAACGAAGAGGUAAUUGAUGGUGUCAGUGAGCGUGGGGGUCAUCCGGUUAUAAGGAAGCCAAUGCGGCAAUGGAUGCUCAAGAUUACUGCAUAUGCUGAUCGUCUUCUUGAUGAUCUAGAUGAUCUUGACUGGCCUGAAAGUAUAAAAGACAUGCAAAGAAACUGGAUUGGGAGAUCAGAAGGGGCUGAGAUUGAAUUUUGUGUUCUUGGCAGUAAUGGAAAAGAUAGUGACCUCAAAAUUACAGUUUAUACUACCAGACCGGAUACCCUCUUUGGAGCAACGUAUUUGGUUGUUGCUCCAGAGUACUCCUUACUGUCAUCUAUAACAUCUCCAACAGAAAGCAGAGAGGUGGAGGAGUACAAAGAUCUUGCUUCGAGGAAGAGUGAGCUUGAGAGGACUGAGCUCCAGAAGGAAAAAAGUGGGGUUUUCUCUGGUUGCUAUGCUAGAAAUCCAGUUAAUGGGGAAGCUGUCCCAAUAUGGGUUGCAGAUUAUGUCUUGGGGAGUUAUGGAACUGGGGCAAUAAUGGCUGUACCUGCGCAUGAUUCACGUGAUCAUGAAUUUGCAACGAAAUAUGAUAUUCCUAUAGUGGUGGUGGUUGUGCCAGAGGAUGGAAGUCUUGGUGACUCAAGUAAGGCAUUUUCAGGAGUGGGUAUUAUUACCAAUUCAUCGAGUCCAACGUCAGGGCUUGACAUCAAUGGGCUCUCAAGCAAGGAAGCAGCUUCCAAAGUCAUUGAGUGGGCUGAGAAAACAGGGAAUGGAAAGAAAAAGGUGAACUACAAACUGAGAGAUUGGCUUUUUGCUAGGCAACGUUAUUGGGGGGAACCCAUCCCUGUACUUUUUCUGGAUGAUACUGGUGAGAGUAUUCCCCUUUCUGAAACCGAAUUGCCCCUUACGUUGCCUGAGUUAGAUGAUUUUACACCCACGGGGACGGGGGAACCUCCACUUUCAAAAGCGGACUCUUGGGUUAAAGCCACUGAUUCCCUAUCUGGAAAACCUGCCAGACGAGAAACAAGUACUAUGCCACAGUGGGCUGGUUCAUGCUGGUACUAUUUAAGAUUUAUGGAUCCAAAGAAUUCCGAAGAACUUGUAGGGAAAAUGAAGGAAAUGUAUUGGGGGCCCGUUGAUGUAUAUGUUGGUGGGGCUGAGCAUGCUGUUCUCCACUUACUUUAUUCUAGGUUCUGGCACAAGGUUCUCUAUGAUAUUGGCGUUGUAUCCACCAAAGAACCCUUUAAGUGUGUCAUAAACCAAGGAAUUAUACUUGGGGAAGUUCAGUAUACAGCUUUAAAAGAUCCAGAUGGGAAUCUAGUGUCUGCAGAUUCCGUUGAUGUUUUGAGUGAAUAUAAUCAAGAAAGAAUCCCCGAGGAGAAGGUCAUGAAAUCUGGAGAUUAUUUUGUACUGAAAGACAGUCCUGAUAUCCGACUGAUUGCUCGUGCUCACAAAAUGAGCAAGAGUAGAGGAAAUGUUGUGAAUCCUGACGAUGUUGUUUCUGAGUAUGGUGCGGAUUCUCUUCGCUUGUAUGAAAUGUUUAUGGGUCCUCUUAGAGACUCAAAACAAUGGAAUACCAGCGGUAUUGAAGGCGUCCAUAGGUUCUUGGGAAGAACUUGGAGACUAAUUGUUGGACCGCCUUCAGCUGAUGGUUCAUUUAAUGAUGGAACUGUGGCAACUGAUGAGGAACCAACUCUGGAACAACUUCGUUCACUUCAUAAGUGCAUUAUGAAGGUAACUGAAGAAGUUGAAGGGACACGGUUCAACACAGGAAUCUCAGCUAUGAUGGAGUUUGUUAAUGUGGCAUAUAAGUGGGAUAGAUACCCAAGGUCUAUUGUUGAAGCAUUCACUUUGUUGCUUUCACCUUAUGCACCUCACUUGGCCGAGGAACUUUGGUCUCGGUUAGGACAUUCAGAAUCAUUGGUGUAUGAGCCCUUCCCCAAGGCCAACCCAAUUUACUUGAAGGACUCUACAGUUGUCCUACCAGUUCAGAUCAAUGGUAAAACUAGGGGUACCGUCCAGGUUGAGAAAACAUGUACAGAGGAGGAUGCUUUCCAGGUCGCAGAGCAAGAUGAAAAACUCUCCAAAUAUUUAACAGGGCAGUCAAUUAAAAAGCGAAUCUUUGUUCCUGGCAAGAUCUUGAAUGUUAUAUUGGAUCGUCAAAGCUCCAAAGUGGCCCGCUGAUAAUGUCAAACUUGCUUCAAUGACAGAAAUCUCUUCCAGAAGAGAUAAGCUGAUCAAUGAAUACAACCGAUGUUCAAUGUAAUCUUCUGCAUUAAUCAGAACGAUUCAGUUUAAUGGAUGGAAAAAGAAAGUUGCAGCUAUUAUAAAGUCGGAUCAUCGAGACUGGAAAUUUGCAGCUAUUCAAGACAUUGAUUGUGGCAAGGGCACUAGAGGUUCCUGUAUCGGCAUUCUGACUGUUCCAUCAGUUUUUCAAGUUUGUUAUGAAGAAAUUUGUUGAUACAACAAUAUGUAAACUCACUGUCAUUCAUUAAAACAACAAUGCCAUGCCCAUUAAGGAGAGUAGUUAUUCCCUAUAUGGGGAUGCCAUUUAAUGUUGAAGGCGAUAGGCAAUCAUUAUUGCUGAGUUAUCAUGUUGGCCUCUUGUGUUAUUUUAUGUACACGAAUUUCUUUCUAAUGAAAAGAAAACUUGUGUUCUAAAAAAAA